AAAAGUGAGGUAACAGAAUGACAGAGCGUUAUCUGUGAAGCUGCUGCCUUUUAUUAAUGGGGCUGUUCUUCUCCCCAUAAUCUGUGAGUGUCUUCAAACAUAAAAUGCAAGUUGAACUCUGCAGGAGAGUAAAGCUCCAGCAGCCUCUGAUUGUUUUUAUCAUCAAUUCUGGGCUCCUGCAUCUCUGUUAAACUUCAAGCUUCACCACUAUGGCAUCCACAAACAAAGCGGCCGAGGAGGAACAGGGCCGCCUGAGAUCACUUUUCCACACCUACGACGUGGACAACUCAGGACGGAUAGAAAAAGAUGAAUUUUCUGCCAUCUGCCAAGAGCUCCAGGUUCCUACUGACGAAGCAGAGGGCAUAUUCAGCCGCCUGGACGCUGACAGUGAUGGCACGGUUACCUUAGAGGAGUUCCUCAGUGGAUUCACAGACCAACAUGAGAAGGAACAAAUAGAAAAAGAAGAAGAAAAAGAAGAAGAAGACAUGAACUUACCCGUGGAAGAAUUUUCAAUCAAUAAAGAGCAGGUCAUGAUCAGCCAGCCACAGUCUUCCGUCAAGGGUAUGAGCGCGGAGGAGAGGGACAGGCUGCACGCACUCUUUCGCGCGUACGACGUCGACAACUCCGGGCGCAUCGAGAGGAACGAGUUCCUCACGAUCUGCGCCGAGCUGCAGGUGUCCGCGGUGGAGGCGGACAGGAUCUUCCAGCGGCUGGACGUGGACCAGGACGGAACCGUCACCCUGCAGGAGUUCAUCCACGGCUUCCACGACCGCUACGGAGAGGACAUGGAGUCCGACGGAGGGCAAGUGUCCAUCGCCUGGGAGACCUUCGAGAAGAGACUGGGCGAGCAGGCCAAGUUCAUCCCGAGGCAUGAACAGGCAGCAACGUUGUACCAGAACAUCAGCCUGACUGAGCCCAGACUGAUUCCUCAGUUUGAGAAAGUCAUCAUGAACUUCGCUAAAGAGAUCAAGCAGCAGAACUCAGAGAUGGAGAACCUGGCUCUCGCCAUCAAGAGAGCACAGGACCAAGCGUCAAUGCAGCUCAGUGAGAUGGAGGAGGAGAUGGAACAGCGAAUUCAGGCUGCAGAGAGAAAAACUCAUGAGCAGGAGAAGAAGCGAACAGAGGCUGCACUCAGUGAGCUGCGAAGGAGUUACGACACUGAAGUUUGUGAGCUUCAGUGUAAAAUCCAGAGGAUGCAGAUGAUAGAGCAGAAGUACAAGAACAUCACAGUGAAAGAUGAGAGCCCAGCUUUAAAGAAGAAGAUCAAUGAGUUAACACUGGAAAACCAAAAAUUAAAACAAGAGCUUCUGAAGUCUCAGACCAAAGUUGCCUGUCUGCAGAGUGAGAUGGACGGAUUAAAGACAGAGUUAACUGAUCAAAGCAUGAACUCAGAACGAGAUGAGGAGCUCAUGAAACACUUUGCCGACGAGCGAGACAUCCUGGAGAGUCAGAUUGAGGUUCUGCAGACAGCCAAUAGGAAGCUCCAUGACACUAACGACAGUCUGAGGUCGACUCUGGAGAAAAUCACAAGGUCUGGUAACGGUGGAUCCCCAGGAGACAUCAAGAACAGAAACAGGAGUAAAAGCAUCUGCUACCCAUCGCCACAUGCAUUAUUAGACAGGCUUGGCCAGCGUUUGGAUGAUUUCCCUCUGUACCCGCGUCGGCCCAGCUGCGAUACUCUGGCCCUGGCCAUCUGUGACCCUGGGCUGAGGCGCAGACACAGCAGCGAGUGCGAGGAGGACAGCCUGCCUGAGAUCUACGUGGACAGCGGCAUGUCCACACUUAGAGGCUCGCAUGGCGGCUACGACUGGGAGCCAGAGGUCCAGGGUCAAGACGGUGAAGAGGAAGAGAAGAAGGACAGCAUACUGGGCGAAAACUCUGACACAGAGCCAGCAGAGACUCAAGACGGAGAGUCAGCGAUCGGGUCGGACUGCAGCUCAGUUUUGGAUUGGAAGCCCACUGACUCGCUUGGUUCCACUACGCCUCCCGCUCCGACAACAAAGAAAACUAUCAGCGCCAUCAGCUUUCAGAAUGACGACAAAGAAAACGCUGACCUCGGCUACAUGACGUCAGAGAAGGCCUACAGGAUCGUCUUAGCAGGAGACGUGGCUGUGGGAAAAUCUAGCUUCCUGCUUCGCCUCUGCAAGAACGAAUUUAAACUGAACUCCAGCACUACUCUGGGCGUGGACUUUCAGAUGAAAACACUCAUUGUGGACGGAGAGCCAGUUUUAUUACAAUUAUGGGACACUGCAGGGCAGGAGAGGUUUCGCAGCAUUGCCAAGUCCUACUUCAGGCGUGCAGAUGGUGUGUUACUGUUGUACGAUGUCAACUGUGAGAAAACCUUCCUGAAUGUUAGAGAUUGGGUGGACAUGAUUGAGGAUAUGGCCCAUGAUGAUAUUCCCAUCAUGCUUGUGGGUAACAAGUGCGAUCUUCGGCAAGAUGGAGAUAAAUCUGUUCCUACCAGCUACGGACAAAAGCUUGCAAUGACCUACAACACUCUGUUCUGUGAAACUAGUGCCAAAGAUGGCUCCAACAUCCUGGAGGCUGUGCUGCACCUGGCCAGGUUGGUAAUAAAGCAGGCCACCUUUGAGGAGAAACACCAUCAGUCGCUGACCAGUUUAAAUGCUCCCAAGAAUAAACCGAAGUUCUCCUGCUGCACCUGAUCAAAUUCACCAGAGCUAAACCUCCUCAUCUGCUUUAAUGUGAAGAAUACAAGGAGCAGAAAUCUAACAAAACAGCAACACAGAAAUAAUUGUUGGAAAAAAGCAACAACCAAAACUGUUUUAUUUAUAAAGAAAGUGGCAAAAAGAAGAGAGUUAAGAUUCAGCCGCUGCACAUCAAGAAGUUUGAGUUAUUGCCGACUUUUUCUCUGUGAAAGAUAAUUUCAUUGUUUUUUGUGCGGUUAUGCAUACUUUACAGGAUGUAUUUAUGAAUUGUUUGCCAUUCAAACAUUUUUCUCAGAGAAAAACUGAAUCAUGAUACUAAAACUGGGAAAAGGAAGAGGAGUUGGAAAGUAAAGAAAGAGGAAGUGAAUAUGAUGAAAUGAUGUGAAAAUAAUGUAAGGGGUGCAAUCGGUUUAUGUGUCGCACUUUUACUGGUGGGAAAAGAUACAGAGAGUAUUGAUGACGAAAACUGAGACUGAGAAUUGAGGCAGAUUUAAGCACUAAAUGUCCAUGAUGGUCUCAGGUGAAAUGUCCCGACCCACUUCUAAAUAAUACCAAGCAGUGUUACAUUUUUGUUGUUAUAAAGUUUCUACUUGUUUAUUUCAGCUCUACAAAUGCUAUUAAGUUCAAGAUGUUCUCUAAAUAAUAAAUAAAUAAGAGAGUAGAACAGUGUAUAGACUGUUAUUUUUAAGAAGCAAUGCACAAUUUUAAUUCAAUAAAGGAAUUAUUGCAUGCUUUCUGUUUUCUAUGCCAAAAGGGCAACAAAAGUGUCAAGAUGGGGGACAUUUUUUUGAAAGCUGUUCCAAUUUUACAUUUAGUUAACGUUUAAAUGAUAAAUUAAACAGAAACACUAAACUGUCAGUGUUGUCUGGACUGGAGGGUCUAAAUAGUGACCAGCAAAGAGAAAUAAGGCUGAAAGAGUGUUGGGGAAAAAAAAUCCAAGCCCAGCGUACAAAAUCCAAAUAUGUGAAGAAAAUUGAAAAUUUAUUGCUGACAACUAAAAACUAGAGACAGCAAAACAUAAAAGCAAGAGCAAGAUAAAAAAAAAGAAUGAAUAGGCCAGAGUGACUAUAUAUAUGACAAAGUAUGUGUGACAAUUAACUAAGUUGAAACCAGAAGACUGAAACAAUUGAAAGAAUCUAAUUA